AUGCCUAGGCAUGGACGGGCUGUUAGCAACACGGGGGCCGCACAGGCUGCUGGCACGCGAGCCUCGCGGCACGCGAUGUGCACAGCAAGCGCGUGCUGCCCGCUUGUGCACGGGCGCGCCUGCGAGCUCGCGACAGCAGUCCUGGCAGCACCCGAUCGCUGUGGCCCGACACCAAACUUCGACUUUUCUAGACAACUAUCUCAACCUUUACGGCACCUCUUACGACCAAUACAAAAAUAUAUUUUUUUAGGAGUUCAGAUAUUCGGGAGUGCAGCAGACUUCUAUGGACGAAAUCUUAAAGGAUCGUAUGCAUCCACCAUGAAGAGUUGGGUUAGAGACUACAGAAAAUGUCCUUGCCGCUGUAGAGAGCAAGUGGCACUUCUGGAAGUAGCUUUUGGAGGCCUUCAGGAGUUUGCUCAGCCAACGGCCGAAUUUCAGGGCUCUAGAGGGAAGUUAAGCAUUGUGGUGAUUUCAUUCUCUUUGCUCGAUUUUAAGACUUCUUCGGUGUUUCUUGGAGAUUCCGUCCUACCAAGCCGAGGUCCGUCAGUAGCCGCCGCCGUGAUGAGCAUCUUCGUCAGCCCCUCCCCGUCGCUCUCUUUCCCGUCGAUCCUGUCGGAAGAGGAGAUUUACAGCAGAUUCUGUCCGUCCGGUCAGCCCUUCGCUGCCGCGCCCGUUUCAGCCACCGGCCGCCGGCGACAGCAAGCAGUAAUAGCAAACGGCGAGGUUCUUCUCGAGCCGUUCACGUCGUUUGGCAGCAGCUCUUCUGGACCGUGCGAGAAACGGCAACAACAGUUAGGUUCCGAGAAGUAG